CAAAAACAGGCAGCAAACAAAACACAGGUGGAACACACUUGGACCAACAACUGCACAAUGGAGGCAUACAGCUGAGUCCACCGAUACCUGUAGUAAAGGUCCAGAGAGAAGGAGACAGACAGGGAAGCACAACCACAAGAAAUAAAAGACAACAAGUUAAUUAUAUGCAGUAAAUUGGUGGCAUGUUAAUAGAUAGAAGGAGGAAAGGUGAGGAAAGCAAAGGAUUUUGUGUAUUCAGGAGGUACCAGUAUCUAAACCUGAAGGAGCUCUGACUGUCAAAUUUAAGAAAAGGAAGGGUUUAAGCCUAAAAAUAGACAGAGCAUCUGAACCAGAACCUUAAGCGGUGUGAGGGUGUUAGUAUGUUCACAGUUCUUUGGAUCUGCUGCACUGAACUGAAACUGAACUCAAAGGGUCACUCACAUGUGCAUCUGCCUGUUUGAAGUCUCACUGAUUCCUCUGAAAAUAUUUACACAAUGUCGCUUGAGAAUGGCUCCCACUGUUUUUGUGUGUGUUCAUUUAUUAGGUUACAUGACUGUGUUGUACAGACUCGUGAUGGCCCAUGCUUGUUUUGUUUUUGACUUCUCCUCCACUUUUCUCUCUGUCAGCGAUUUUGCUGUCGGGUCUUUCUGCUCUAAUCCCCAGAUUAACCUGAACAAAAAGAGCAGCAGCAUCACAACAACAGAAGCUCACACUGCUCCAGACGACAACAGAAUCUGUCGUCUAUAUGACAACAGAAUGCUGCCAGCUGACACCAGAAGCAACAAGGAUCACCAGAGAGACACUUCAGCACCAACAGCAGUUAGCAUUAAAGCAGAUUUUUGAUCAGGAUGGCUGGACGGACUCUUCUGCUCAUGUAUGUGGCACUUUUCAUCUGUUCAGAUGCUGAAGGAAACCCCAGACUCUACAGGAGGCCUUCCUGUGUUGGGGCACCCACUCAGGCCUGUCCUCUCAAUUAUUCUCCAGUCUGUGGCAGCAAUGGCUUCACCUACCCCAAUGAGUGUGCACUGUGCAUCCACAGAUUGGAGACAAAUGCUGACAUUCUGAUCAUAAAGGAUGGACCCUGCUGAGCAUGACGUCAACAUGUUCCCUAACUCAUCCUCACCUCUAUCUCUGAUUUGUGUUUUGAAUGUAGUUGUAAGCUGUAGCAGUGUGUUUUAUAUAUUCAUAUCUCUGGAGAAUUCUUCACUGAAUCUUUCACCAAUAAACCAUUUCCUCUGA